GCCACUGCGCAGGCGCGCGGCCGGCGUGCAGCGUCUCGGAGCUGCGGGCUCGCGGGGCGCGGGGGUUGCGGCCUGCGCUGAGCUCCGGGCCGCCAGGGCACCGCGUCCGAGCCUCGCCUGCUGGGCAACCCGGCCAUGGAGAAGCCGGUGCUGACGCCGCACGUGUACUGGGCGCAGCGCCACCGCGAGCUGUACCUGCGCGUGGAGCUGAGCGAUGUGCAGAACCCUGCCAUCAGCAUCGCCGAGAAUACCCUGCAUUUCAGAGCUCAGGGCCACGGUGCCAAGGGCGACAAUGUCUAUGAGUUUCACCUGGACUUCUUGGACCCUGUGAAGCCCCAGCCGGCUUACAAAGUGACCCAGAGGCAGGUGAACAUCACGGUGCAGAAGAAGACCAGCCAGUGGUGGGAGAGGCUCACCAAGCAGGAGAAGCGCCCGCUGUUCCUGGCCCCCGACUUCGACCGCUGGCUGGACGAGUCUGAUGCGGAGUCAGAGCUCAGAGCCAAGGAAGAGGAGCGCCUGAACAGACUCCGGCUGGAACGGGAAGGCUCCCCUGAAUCUAUGGCAAACCUGAGGAAAGGAUAUUUGUUCAUGUAUAAUCUCGUGCAGUUCCUGGGCUACUCCUGGAUAUUCGUCAACAUGACCGUGCGGUACUUAAUCUUCGGAAAAGAGUCCUUCUAUGACACAUUCCACAGUGUUGCUGACAUGAUGUACUUCUGCCAGAUGCUGUCACUCGUGGAACCUAUUAAUGCUGCCAUUGGGGUCACCAGCUCGCCCCUGCUACCUGCUCUCAUCCAGCUUCUUGGAAGAAACUUCAUUUUGUUUUUCAUCAUUGGCAGCAUGGAUGAAAUGCAGAACAAAGCUGUGGUUUUCUUUGUGUUUUACAUGUGGAGCGCCAUUGAAAUUUUCAGGUACCCCUUCUACAUGCUGGCCUGUGUGGACAUGGACUGGAAGGUGCUGACGUGGCUCCGUUACACAGUGUGGAUUCCCUUAUACCCUCUGGGGUGUUUGGCAGAAGCUGUGGCGGUGAUCCAGUCCAUUCCGCUGUUCAACGAGUCCGGGCGGUUCAGCUUCACGUUGCCCUAUCCACUGAAAAUCAGAGUCAGAUUUUCCCUUUUCCUCCAGAUUUAUCUUAUAAUGUUAUUUUUAGGGUUAUACAUAAACUUCCGUCACCUUCACAAACAACGCAGGCGGCGGUAUGGGCACAAAAAGAAAAAGAUCCACUAACAAGACAGCUCCAGAUGACUUUUUGCCAGUUUGAGCCUAAUCUGUAAUUCUUACGGUUUACCUUCUUGUACUGAUGUAAGUUUUUUUAACGUUCAGUGAGGCUGUCUUCUUUUUGCCUCGGGAACAUUCCUGAAUUGACGGUAUUACCUUAGCAUAGUCCCUGCAUGCCACGGAGUCCUUAUAGCUGAUGGCACCUUCGUUCUUCGUACUUGUUAGCGACAGACGCAGCGGCAGAAGGCUCAGCCCAGCCCACCCACACCGUGAGUCAUUGCGCUCUGCCCAAAUCCUUAUCCUGCCAGGUACAGGCCAGUCUGACAAUUGAGGUUUGUUCUUUCCAGCUUUUGUUUAUGGGGAGAGAAAAAAAAAAAAAGAUUAUAUUGCUUUAUCGGAGGUCGCGAGUGACUCAGACAGACCCUGAAACGUUCUGUACUCAGCUGGUUAUUUGGUAAAUGGCGUGGUAUGGAUGUUUUGAAAAUGAAGGUACUUAGUCACAGAUGAAGCAUUUCCGAGGCUGAGUGGGGCUAGGGAAGACGCAUCAUCCGCGAUAUCCUUUGGCCUUUUGGAAUGUCAGUGCUCACCCAUGCAGGCACUGGCAGCACUGAAGAGUCUCAGAGAGACAGGUCAGGGCCAGGGGUGCAGGAUCGCUCAUCCCUGGCGUCAUCAGCAGCAUCCUCACACUAGUUAGCACGUGAUACUGUUCAGAAGACCAGGAGAGACCACUUCCUUGGUACCUGUCCCAGCAAGUGCUGGGACUUUGUCUUUGAACAGAACUCAAGGGCUGCUUGGAUCCUGUCUCCAUCUCUGCAGGACAGUGCAGACAGAGAGGGUUUUGGCUAGAGCCAGCGGCCAGCCAAGGUUCCUGGCAGGAAACCCACCCUAGGGGCACUGAAGAGAAUCUAAACAUUUUGAAACUUGGCCUUUAAGUUUCCUCUAAUACAUUCCAAGUAAACUAAGUAAAGUGUUAGAAGAUGCCUACAAAAUAAUUUUAAGACAUUGUAGCACUUCCCAAGGGGAGAGGAGACUCAGCAAGUGAAACUGUUUCUCGGAGCUGCUCUGAGGUGGGAAUUUGGUUUGACCUAUACACUUCUAUUAGUGUAGACUGACUUAUUUUGGGGGUGAUUGUUCACUGCACUGAAAGAUUUUUGCAUGUCUGUAACUUCUGUCAACACUUGUUUGUAUUAACAUCUCACGUUCAUUCAGCUGUAAUUGGGCGGAUCAGCUUUGCAGUAAAAUUGCACUGCAUCUGUGGCAGAAUCUUGUAUUUGUUGUGAUUGUUAUAAAACCAUUCACUGCUGUCUGAGGAAGCAAAAGAUUGUGCAUUUCUAUUAAAUAUUUCCAGUCAAAAUCC